AUGAAAUUACAGCAAUGGGAUUUAGACUUGUUGAUUAAUGAAAAGUUCGAAUUAUCUCACUUUCAUUUACUAAGAUCUGUAGGGAAAGGUGCUUUCGGCAAGGUCCGUGUAGUACAACACAAACAUUCCAAAAUACUAUAUGCUCUAAAGUACAUCAACAAAGCGAAAUGUAUCAAAAUGCGAGCCGUAGAAAAUAUUGUGCAAGAGCGUCGAUUACUCGAAGAGAUCGAGUACCCGUUAGUGUGUAAUCUGCGAUACGCAUUUCAAGAUGACGAAAAUAUGUUUAUGGUGUUGGAUUUGAUGUUGGGCGGGGACCUGCGGUUUCAUUUGGACCGGCAAGGGCAUAUGAAGGAGGAGGUGGUGAAGUUUUAUGUAGCGGAAGUGAGUUUGGGGUUACAUUAUUUACAUACGAAAAAGAUUGUGCAUCGGGACCUUAAACCUGAUAAUGUAUUGUUGGAUGAAAAAGGUCAUGCUCAUUUAACAGAUUUUAAUAUCGCGGUUCAUUAUACGGAAAAGAAACCGCUCACAUCGAUUGCGGGAUCUAUGGCUUAUAUGGCUCCUGAGGUGCUAACAAAAAAGGGUUAUUUUGACUCGGUUGAUUGGUGGUCAUUGGGAGUUGUGAUGUAUGAAUUGCUUUUUAGUAAGCGACCAUUUCGAGGAAAGAGCAAUACUACACUCACACAAGCUAUUCUACACGAUCCUAUUCAAUUUCCCGAGAAUGUUUUGGAAUUAGUUUCCGCAGAAUGUAUUGAUUGUCUGUCUAGGUUUUGCGAACGUGAUAUUUCGAAGCGACUUGGAUGUGGACCAAAUGGAAUCGAAAAUAUAAAGAGACAUCCGUGGUUCAGCGAUAUUGAAUGGGAUCGGCUUGAUACAAAACAAGCAAAAGCUCCAUUUAUACCAGAUUCAAAAAGAGCAAAUUUCGAUGCAACCCAUGAACUCGAAGAACUUUUACUCGAAGACAAUCCGCUUAAAGCAAAAAAACGCGCAAAUCCGAACCAAGAUCUCAGUGAACUAUCAAAAGAGAUGCGAAUGAUGGAAGAAAAAUUCUUGAAUUACGAUUUCACAAAAAUGCGACGACGAAGUUAUUUCACCGGUCUCAAUAAUGAUAACAGCAUGACGAUGAUAAGCGAAAAUAGUCACAUUGACGGUAGUGUUGACGGUACAAGAGGAAGCAAGAGACGAAGGAGCGGAAAUCGAAGUAGUGUUAGCUUGAUGGCGGUGGGUGAACGAGGAGCAAGUACAUCGUCAUCAAGUUCACUUACUAAUGUUAAUGUGAAUUUUGAUCUUGAUCAACCGACAAUCAUUAAUAAUAUGCCAUCAGUUUUACCCACUCCACCUCCUUCCGCAAAACUUUCUUCUUCAGCUCGAAAUGAUUAUGAACUUUUUUCCGCCCACGCCGUCGCUACCUUUGAGAAUAAUGCAGAUAAUCCUCAGUUAAUGGAAAAAAUAAAUAAGGGAGAAUGGUUAAAUGAACGACCAGCAUCGCCACAAAAUCGAGAAAGAAGAUCCACAUUGGCACUUGCCGGACUAGUAACUAAUGGACGAUCAAGUCCAAUAGUAUCAAAUGAUUCUGAUUACUUCUCAAUGAAACCUUUUCCCCCUACAAGUGCAACUAGUCAUAUUUCUCCUCCGGGUUCAACAGCACCUUCAAUUACUGAAAGCCUUAAACGUGCACCAUCCCCGCUAUCAACAAUCAAUACUAAUCACACGUCAAUCAAAUCAUCCAUCGUUUCACCUACUACAUCAUUAACUCCACCACCGCGGAUUCAAUCACCUACUACAAUAAUAGCUCAAGUGACAUCACCACCAACUCUAACAUCAUCUUCAUCCAAUUCUUCAUUUAAUAGCAGACCUCGAAAUGUAUCCAGUUCAUCCUCAUUAAAAAGACUUAGUCUGAUAUCAUCAUCAUUUACACCUCCAAUUCCUUCUUCAAUUCCUACUCCUGUUGUAAUGUCAUCCAUCACAUCGCCAACUUCUACAACAAGAAUGCAUACAUUAUCGCCACCAGCUACAAGUAAACGUCCACCAAUAUUAGAUUCCCUAGAUUAUAUUUCAUCAACAUCGACAGAAACUGUAACAGUUACCGUUAAUCCGAAACAACUUUGGUCAGCAGGUGAUUUCGGUGAAAGUGCUGCAACUACUACGAAUGCGUCCACAACAACAAGCGGCUCAGCUGGAAGUAGACUUUCGUCUGAGAUUAGUGUUGGUAGAUCACGUGGUAGUGGACAUUUUCGUACUGCGAGUGAUGUUAGUAAUGGAUCGGGUGCUUUGAGUGCAGUUGGAGUACCAGUGGGUCUUUAA